AUGUCAACCUUGCCAUUUGCUCUCAAAAAUCCCUCUUUGCUUCGCAGUGAGGCAUACGUGAAUGGGCAGUGGGUUGAAGCCAAAUUGAAGAAGACUUUUACCAUCGAAGACCCAGGGUCGGGGAAGACCUUUGCAACCUGCUCCGAUCUUGAUGCUCAAGAUAUAGACGACGCUGUGCAUUCGUCCCACGAGGCAUUCAAAUUGUUCCGUCGGGAAAGCCCUAGAACCCGUGCUGAAUUGCUUCUGGAGUGGAGGAGGCUGAUCCUCGGAGAUCGUCAUGAUAUUGCCACCAUCCUAUCUUACGAAACUGGAAAGCCCUUUGCUGAAGCUCUUGGAGAGGUAGAUUAUUCUGCCAGUUUCCUGUCGUGGUUCGCAGGCGAGGCUGAGCGGAUUCAAGGUAAUGUCAUCGUACCAGCAACUUCGGGUCGCAGGAUACUUGUUGUCAAGCAACCUAUCGGGGUAUGUGUGGCACUUAUACCUUGGAAUUAUCCGGUGGGUAUGUUCCUUCGCAAAGUGAGUGCUGCUCUAGCUGCUGGGUGUUCCAUGGUUGCGAAACCGUCUCCCGAAACUCCUUUAUCGACAUUGGCCCUGGCCCACCUGGCGGAAAAAGCUGGAUUCGCCCCCGGGGUUCUCAAUGUUCUGACAACAUCAAAUGAAAAUACACCCGCACUAUCGGAGGCACUAUGCAAGCACCCUCUUGUUCAGAAAGUCUCUUUUACCGGCUCCAGUGCUGUUGGAAGUAUAAUUUCCAGGCACUGUGCAGAUGGGAUUAAGAAGCUGUCCCUCGAGCUAGGAGGAAAUUGCCCAUUUAUCGUUUUCGCGGACGCAAAUCAAGAUCAAGCUAUUGUACAGCUAAGCGCAUUGAAAUUCCGGCAUGCAGGACAGGCUUGUGUUACAGCCAAUCGAAUCUAUGUCCAUGAAGACAUCUACGAUGAUUUCGUGGUUAAAAUGGUGGAUUACGCAAAGAGUCUCAAAGUAGGACAUGGAUCUGACAGCUCUGUCGCCAUGGGGCCAUUGACUACGUCACGUGGUGUUGAGAAAGCCAAACAUCAGGUUCAGGAUGCGGUCCAAAAGGGUGCGAAGGUUGUGCACGGGGGAAAAAGUAUCCAAGGGGGCAAUUAUUUUGAGCCAACCGUUAUUCGCGACAUGGGAGCGAACAUGCUUAUCACUCACGAAGAAAGCUUUGCCCCGAUUGCUGCUUUGUACAAGUUCAAAACGGAAGAAGAGGUUGUGAGGUUAGCCAAUGACACCUCGAUGGGCCUAGCCAGCUAUGUGUUUACCAAGGAUAUUGAUAGAACUUGGCGCAUGAUGGAAAGCCUUGAAGCAGGGAUGAUUGGUGUUAACACAGGCGCUUCUUCCGCGGCCGAGUCGCCGUUUGGCGGGAUGAAAAUGUCAGGAUAUGGCAAGGAGUCAGGAAAGGACGUCGCAAUUGAUGAAUAUCUGGUUUCCAAAACAUGCACAUUGACUCUCGAGGGGACCUCUUAA